AUGGUCAACACCUUGACUCAAUUGCUCCUAACGUCCAAUCGCGGCGCCUCGGACCUUGUAUCAAUCAAAGACACCCUCGUCUCAAUCGCCCAGGAAGGAGGCGACAUGAUGCUCGCUGCGGACCCGUCCGUGGACACUUCCGAUUCAAAAAGGAACAGCAGCGAUCGAGUGACCGCAACCGACAAGGCCGUGGAGAACAUGGUGUCCUCGCGCCUCAGGGCCGCGUACCCUGACUUCGAGUUCCUCGGAGAAGAAACCCUGAAGGACGGCCAGAAGCUUGGUGAUGCACCUACCUUUGUCUGCGACCCUAUCGACGGGACACUGAACUUCAUCCACGGCUUCCCCAACACCGCCAUCUCGCUCGCGCUCACAGUGUCCAAGAAGCCCGUAGUCGGAGUCGUGUUCAACCCAUUCCGCAAUGAGCUCUACACAGCCAUCAGAGGCCGCGGCGCCUUCCUCCAAAAGACAAACGGCUCCAUUCACAAACUACCAAUUCGCCAGAAUCCCACUGCCCUCACUGGUCUAAACGGCUGUCUCGUAGCCAUAGAAUGGGGCAGUGAGCGUAGCGGCCCCAACUGGGAUCUCCGAACCGACAUGACCCGGAAGCUGAUGAGCGCGAAAUCGGUGGGUGGCGCAAUGGUGCACUCUAUCCGCUGCUCUGGCUCCGCAGCACUCGACUUCUGCUACGUGGCUGCAGGCAGCAUCGAUGUCUUCUGGGAAGGCGGAUGCUGGAUCUGGGACAUCUGCGCUGGAUGGAUCAUCCUCGAGGAAGCGGGCGGAAUGGUGGCGAGUGCUAAUCCUGGUGAUUGGGACCCGAGUUUGGAAGGGCGGCUGUAUCUAGCUGUGAGAGGAGCCGCGAGCGGCCAGGAGGAAGUGAUUGAGGAGAUGUGGGGCUGCAUGGGGGAGCGAAAAUUCGUGUUCGCCAAGUAA